AUGUUGUAUCAAUCCAUUUUCCAUCAAACCUUUUUGUCAUUUCUCCUUUGUAUCACAACUCUUUCCUUGGUUGCUUCUGAUCCCACAGAUGGCUUCACCCGUCUUCCACUAUCUAGCUCCAACUUUCAGGUCCAAAAGCCUCACGAUGUUCCACAAGACCAGCGUUACACCUUUUCAAAUGGAGUGCACACAUUUAUUGUAUUCAACACAGACAAGCCUCACACGAGUACCAGCAAUACAAAACCACGAACUGAGAUUCGUAUAACGGGCUACGAUUAUACAUCUGGUGUGUGGCAAUUUGAAGGGUAUUUCUACGUCCCCAGUGGCACAACCGGGGUGUGCAUCCAGCAAGUGUUCGGUGGAGUCACCGCUGCCACAACCUCUCAGAGUAGGGUCUAUAGUGGAUCUCUCACUCAUUACUUAUCACCUACUCUGGAAACAAACAUCUACAAUAAGUGGUACCGUUUCAACGUGAUCCAUGAUGUGGGUGCCAACAACGUAAAGAUUUUUAUCAAUGGGGUGCAGAAAUUUAAUGGAAAUGGUCGUGGAGCCGACGAUCACUAUUUUAAGUUCGGGGUUUAUGCACAGGACGGUGCUUCCUACCGCAUGGAAUCUCGAUGGAGGGAUAUCAAGAUUUUUAGAAGAUAAUAGAGAUUGAAUAAGCUUUUGUUUCAGUUCCAAGUUCUAUAAUAAGGCAAGUAAAAAGCUUGUUUAAUUAGCUAUAUGAUCCUGAAUAAUUUACUUGGACUCACAGAAACAAAUGUUUAGAAAUUAUAAUAUCGUAAUCCUAAGUUAUCCCUCUCUACCCAA